AUGGAGGGCAAAUGUCGAUACCAAAGUUACAUUACCGACAGUAGUGCUGGUGUUGAUGUGGAGACGGUGAGUAAAGCUAUUGUUUCUUUAGAAAGUGAUAUGGCCAUAGAUCCACAAAAUGUGAAGGAAGUGGAAAAUGUGGCGAAGAGAUGGUCACAGAUCAAUUUCGAGCACUUGCAGAAGAAAUUAAACGAAGAAGUACAGGCAAUUGAUGUGAGAAAAAAUCAGUGCAGUGUAGCUCGCCAGCAGUUAAUUACUGAAAGCAAAAAUUAUUAUGAUUGUGCUGAUAAGCAGUCACGCAAAGCUGUUUCGCCGUUGAUUAAAGCGUUCCAGAAGGAAUAUGAUCGGGUUACAGAAAGAGCAAAAGCAGCAGAAGCUGGUUUAAUCUUUGUUUGCCGGGCAUUCACAUCUGUUUGCGAUCCUUCUCCAUAUUUGGAGCAGGUUUCAACAUUGCUAGGGGAAUUGGUACGGUUAUAUUCUGUUGAUGAGCAAGUUAGGAAUCUGACUAAACAGCUAAAUGAAUUACAAGAAGAAUAUGGUGAUUUGCGAAAUCAGGAUCUAACCGUUCGACAACUGAGAGAACGGGUGGAAGAAAUGGAAGCUAAAACAAAUAGUAAUAUCCAGGCUGCUAUAAAUGAAAAAGAAAAAGAAUUACACGUCAAAAUGGAGACAUUUGAAAGAGAAGUUGCUGAAAAGCGAGAACAAGUCACUGCUGAAAAUAAAGCGCUUUCAGAUGUUGUUGCAGAUUUGACGAUGAAGAACAAAGAAACUGGUCGGGUGCUUGAGGAGACAAAGCUGCAGUUGAUAAAGAAAGAGGCUUUAAAUGAUGAAAAAUUGGAAAUUGUUACGAAUGAUCUCGAAAAUGCCUUGGAGAGAGCUGUAGAAGCGGAGAAGAAAGUGCAAUGUUUGCAAAGUGAAUUAGAGCGCAUAAGCCAUGUUAGCUCCUGUCCAAAUGAGGAAGCACUUGGAGACAUUUCUUUAAUUCAUUCGAAAGAUAGUCAGAUUCAUAAACUAUUGGAAGAAAACAAGAAACUGAACUUCAAGCUUAUCCACUUAAAAACGGAAUCGAAUAAACGUAUCAAUGAGUUAACCCAAGAAUUGGAGCGUCAUGUGGUGAUCGUAGCGCAGCUACGAGCGCAACUAGAGGCUCAAUCUGAUUAUGAAGAUAAUAAAAAGGAUUUGAGGAUUCUACGUAGCUUUGAGUUUGGAGAAGCUAUUGAAGAAGGAACAGGAACAGGUUUCGUGAGCAAUGGUGUUACUGCUACUGCGACAGCAACAGCCGAAGUGCAGUUGGGUGGUCGUUCGAAGGCACUCGAUGAAUUGCUUGUUGGAAAAAAUCGUAAAUUGCAGAGCGAAAAUGUAGGGUUGCGAAUGCCCAAUCAAAAACUUGAAGAGGAACAAGCGAUAGAUGGAAAUAACUUGUCGGAUGUUUUCCGCUUAGCAGACGCCAGCUUCAGUAAUAGUACACUUGCCGAUUUAUUCUCAGAUAAGAGCGGGCAAAAAUCGAUGGAAAUCAAUGGUGAUUUGGACUUAGAAAGUGAUCCACAUCGUGCCACGAAUCUCCUUAAUUUAUUUAUGUGCUCCGCCAGUUCAUCAAAUGAUACCCCGAAACCAGAAAAUUAUUAUUCAGCGAGUACGUCCAGUUUACACGAGCUACCUCGCACAUCUGCUGAACUCAGGGCUUAUAAUGAACUGCAGGACAUUGUUACCAGAAAUAUCCACGAAUUAGGUCCAAAGGCUUUGAAUACAACGGAAAUUGCGAAGCAGUGCAAGCAUUUAAUGGUCACCCACAACAUUGGGCAGCGGUUAUUCGCGAAGUACGUUAUGAACCAGGUAGUCAAGUCACAAGGCUCACUGAGUGAAUUAUUAUCAAAACCAAGGCAUUGGAAUAAACUCACCGACAAAGGGCGAGAGGCAUUUCGACGCAUGUAUGGCUGGGUUUCAGAUCCUAAAGCUAUUGAAUUACUGUGUAAUAUUUCACCCCGUCGGACUCAACCAGUGGGAUUAAUCGAGAUUGAAGUACCAUCGCGUGAAAUUUUAUGGGAUCAGCAGGCUGUUUCGUUGGCUGCUGUAUCCAAAUAUAAUGCAGACGAUGCCCUAGAUUUAUUUGUACAAAAACAGUCCUCGCGAGUCACUUCAAGCGAUUUGAAACAGCGUGAUAGGUUGUCAACUGCAGCUGCUGGUAGUAGCACUAACUCAGUUGUACAACGUACAAGUCGCUGGCGACAUGAUGACAUACCGAAAGAAAAAAUUAUGAAGAUAUACAAACGUGAAUUGGCAUUGUUAAGGGAGCAAGAGUCUCAUCUAGAACAGGCAAUUGGUUCACGGCCUUUAAGUGUAAGAAGUAAGGAUGAAAAGCUUGCAAUAAUGGAAACAUCGAAUAAAUCAUCUUCGUUAUCAUCAUCAUCCUCUCGUUGUGGAUCAACAAGAGAUACCAGUUCACCUCCACAAUCAAAUUUUCCCGUAAAUUCUGCUCAGGCUUUGUUUGCUUUGAAAUGUCGUAGUGGAAUGGCGUCCAUAACGCAGGAGGAGCUUGAACGUUAUCCAGUAUUGGAUACGGAAGAUAUCGUGAGACAAAUCAAAGAUUUCCUUUGCUUAAAUUCGAUAUCUCAGCGUCAGUUCGGUGAACAUGUGCUUGGUCUUUCGCAAGGAUCUGUUUCGGAUCUUUUAGCAAGGCCUAAACCGUGGGCUAUGUUGACGCAGAAAGGGCGGGAACCAUUUGUGCGCAUGCAGCUUUUCUUAAAUGAAGCGCAGUCUUUGGUUUGUAAACCUGAAGAGCUGAAUGGGAAGUUUGGUGCAGUUCAGUCUUCAGAAAUGGUGCCCAGGAAUGAAACAAACAAUGGUGCAAAACAAAAUUUGAUUAGCGGUUUGCUAAGCAUGCGGAGCUUCCCUUUAAGUGGGGAAAUUGAUCACGAAACUAUAAAGUGUCGUACCGAAAAAGCGCGUGAAAUUAAGAAAGUGUCCGUAUUGGGUGAUGGUGACAAGAAAGUGAUGCGGAAUAUGAAAGAAGAUCUGUUAAUGGCUGAUACAAGUGAGAUUGCGCGGCAAGUCAAGAAUCGUUUGCAUAGCAGUGGGAUUUCUCAGAAAACAUUUGGUGAUGUUGUACUGGGAGUAAGUCCAGGUGGCGUAUCAGAGCUUUUGGCCAAACCAAAAAGUUGGGAGCAAUUGUCUCCACGUGCUCGUGAUUUGUAUCUCAAGAUGAGUGAAUGGCUCGGUGAAUUAGAUGAGAAUAGAAGAAUACAAGAGACAUCUGCUUCCACUGCGUUGCUGUCUUCAUCUCUCACACCAGCUUUUUCAAGUGUGGUAGAUACAUUGACUUCUACAGGUGCUUUGACAAAAACUCUGUCACCGCAGAAGAGAAAAGCAAUUGUUAACACAACUGCUGCUGGCGAGUUGCCGAAGAAAGCACAGAGAACAGUUAUUACGGAUCAGCAAAAAGAAGCAUUGAAGCAUGUUUUUGAACGUGACCAGCAUCCGAACCAACGAACAGUCGAGCAGCUCUCCCAAACUCUUUCAUUGAGUACUAGGACUGUGAGCAAUUGGUUCCAUAAUUAUCGAACUCGACAAAAGGCAAGUUUGAGAGCUGAGAAUCUUCCAAGUAGUGACAACGGUCAGAAGAGAAAUUCAGCAAAUGGAAAAAAUAACAAUGGUCGGUGGAAGCAGGAUCUUGCGGAAUUAAUGAAAUUGGAAUCGAAACCGUAUCACUGGUCACCAACAAUGGUAUCAUCAAGCAGCAAUAAUAAUUUAACUAGAAGCACAGUUACCAAAAACAGUUCUCUUGAUAAAGCAAUUGAACGGAUUCAAAAACUCAAUGCUGCCAAGCAGUUGUAA